AUGCGUCCUGAGUUAACGUGGGAUACCAUACCUUAUGAACUUCUUUUGAAUGUAUAUCGUCAAUUAUCCUAUCAAGAUCUUGUUUCAUGUGGUGCUGUAUGCGUACAUUGGAGGCAUGUAAUGAGGGAUAAAAUUCUCUGGAAACAACAUUUAAAAGGUGUUUACGCGUGGUGGAAUUGGGAACCAUUGGUCACUUCUACUUACUACGACGAAUUCAUGUUUUUCAAACGAAAUAUUCCCAAAUUUCUUAAGGAAGUGGUGAACGACUAUGAUUAUGAUUUACGACAUUGUAUAUUUUCACCUUUCGGAGGAUUUUUUAUUGUUUGUGGCAAAGGAGCACAUUUUUGUGUUUACCGCUCUGAUCCAUUAGAAUUUCUACACGAACGAUGCUUAAAAGAUUCCCUUAAUUGGCAAGAGAUAACCACAGCACAAUUUUGCCCGGAUGAAUCGAAGGUGAUGUUGACAGGAGUGCGACAAGAUGGCUCAGGAGAACUUGCAGUUUUUUCAAUAGAUCCAUCUGGAGAAGUACACUUUAUUUGUCGUUCACCGUGCUCACCUCCUGGAGUCGCAUGUUGGUUUGACAAUGAUUAUUUGAUAUGUGGAGAGAUCUAUCAAUUCAGAUUUAGUUCCGCGAUUGCCUCCUCAAUAUCACAAUUAUGGCUAAUGUCUGUCCCAAAAGAUCGUAAUGGAGCUCUUACUGGUGUGUUAUGCCCACUUCUCAGAUUCCUGAACAAAGAAGGAAAACUACGAUUCCCAUUAAUUUCAAACUAUGUAUCCUCACGUUUUCGUCGAGUACUUCAGCUUACCCAAGAAGCUGAUUCGGAGAACAAAACAUUGGAAGAGAAAUUGGCAGAACUUGAACUCUCGGCGAGUACCGCAAAUGAUUUAUCUGAGUUACGACGAGUUCUCGAUGCACAACAGCAAUGCUUCGAUUGUUAUUUGAAGCACACUAACAGUGCUGAACAUAAUGAAACUACAGCUGAAUGCAAAUGCAUCUGUCAUGAGAUCCUCUUAAAAAUGCUCAUAUUUGUGGAUGGUGAGAAUUCUGGACGAGUUUGUUUCAAACUUAUUGAUCAUAAUUUGUUCACUGAAGCGUUAGAAAUGAAACGUUUCGAGAGAACAGAACAAGAGGAAAGUGAAGAAGAUGAUGGUUGGAAUUUUGUUCUUCGUCGAGUCGACACUCCAGAUCAUUACAUUGAAGUGGACGGGAUUAUCACAAGCAUUGCCAUAUCGGUGGAUAAGAAACAAUUAUUUAUUAGCUACGAAACUCGAGCGAUUGCAUCAACGACAAAAUACAGUGUAUAUUGUGUUGAUCUGGAAAAAAUGGUCCUGGAUAAAUUUCCUUUUUCUGGUGCGAUGCUAUUGAAUGAACAAGCAUACUUGUGCAGUAAUGAGUUCCUCCUUGCAAGUGCUGUUGGUGAAGAAGUACAUAUUUGGGCUAGACUACAUGGUGGAAAUGCUGUACAAAGAUUGGCUGUUGAUGCAAGAAUUGUGGAUUUAUCACUUCAUCCUACAAAUAAUACAUUAAUUACAGCAUCACAAAAUUAUUUAGCUGUAUGGUCAACAACUCAACCUAAUUAG